CCUGGGUGCUGUGUGUAGAUGUGUGCACAAGAGAGAGUGGCUGAGCUGGGGAGGGCUGCUGCUGCUGCCUUGGAUAUAAUAUCAUCUACCUGCCCCUGUCACUCUGACACUUACUGACUGACACUGCCAUCGCCUUAGCGUGUCAGACAGGAGACUUGGUUCCUAUGGUUAUUCAUUAUUAUUAGGAAUAUUAUUAUUAUAGGGUCGAUUUUUUCCCUUUUUUAUCGUCUUUUUUCCCUCUUCCUGCUGCCUUCACGCCACAAAGAAAACCCCGUGAGCCUCUGUGUAUAUUUUCCUUGAGACUUUAGCUAAGGCUGGCUGGACUUGCACAUUAGACUUCUUAGGACUCUUUCAGUAGAAAGGGUAACAAGUUGCUUCUUGAACGCCGUCCACCGCUGCUGCUUUUCUGUCUCCCACUGGACCAGGGAGUUGAGCCUGCGCCUUCUGCAACGCUGCGCCUUGGAGAGGGGGUGCAGUGUGUAUAUAUCUAUAUAUACAUCGCUAUACAUAUAUAUAUAUACAUAGAGACACAGAGAGAGAGAGAACUAUUUGGCUUUCUUUUGCCGAUGAACUUCAUGAAAGAUCCGUUAAGCCUGGAGCGCCUGGGAGCCGGGAAUAAGCUGUGCUCCACUUCACCUUCCUCCUCCUCCUCUUCAUCCUCUUGCCAUCAUCACCAGUCGGCACUGGUCAUGGCUUCAGCUGUAGCGCCGGGGCAGUCUCGCUCUUCCCUGGACUCCUCCAAACACCGGCUGGAGGUGCACACCAUUUCGGACACCUCCAGCCCCGAGACCGCAGAGAAAGAGAAAAACCAGCAGAGUAAAAAUGAGGAUGCCGGAGUUGACGAUCCCUCCAAGAAAAAGAGGCAACGGCGGCAGAGGACUCAUUUCACCAGCCAGCAGCUGCAAGAACUAGAGGCCACUUUCCAGAGGAAUCGCUACCCGGACAUGUCCACCCGAGAAGAGAUCGCCGUCUGGACCAACCUCACCGAAGCCAGAGUCAGGGUUUGGUUCAAGAACCGCAGAGCCAAAUGGAGAAAGAGAGAAAGAAACCAGCAGGCUGAGCUUUGCAAAAAUGGCUUUGGUCCACAGUUUAACGGUCUAAUGCAGCCCUACGAUGAUAUGUACCCCGGCUAUUCUUACAACAACUGGGCAGCCAAAGGCCUGACCUCUGCCUCCCUUUCCACCAAAAGCUUUCCUUUCUUCAACUCUAUGAAUGUCAACCCUCUGUCUUCUCAGAGCAUGUUCUCCCCUCCAAAUUCCAUUUCAUCCAUGAGUAUGUCUUCAAGCAUGGUGCCCUCUGCAGUCACUGGGGUCCCUGGUUCCAGCCUCAACAGCCUGAAUAACUUGAACAACUUGAGCAAUCCCUCUCUGAAUUCUGCAGUGCCAACGCCAGCCUGUCCUUAUGCUCCUCCAACACCUCCUUAUGUUUAUAGGGACACAUGUAACUCUAGCUUGGCUAGUCUGAGACUUAAAGCCAAGCAGCACUCCAGCUUUGGAUACGCCAGUGUUCAGAACCCAGCUUCCAACCUGAGCGCAUGCCAAUACGCUGUGGACAGACCCGUGUGAGAUAUUAAAGUAUAAAAUACUGAAUGGGAAUCCCUCCCCCUUCCCACAAAGACUGAGAAUUAUACUAGAAAGUAAUGGGCACUAUAGAGAAAGAGAACGAAAGAACGAAAGAACGAAA